AUGAGUUUCAAGAAGUUAGAUCGAAGUUUAAUACGAUCUUUGGACGAAUUAGAGGAUGAUAAUGUGGAAAACCAAACGCCACGGGAUACACAUUCAUCGUCACCAGCACUAUUCAAGAAAAAGGGUCUUAAAGGGAAAAAACUGAGCCAAAGAAAAACAACGCUUGAAUUUGAUGCCAGUGACGAAGAAGUAGAACAGAUGGCUUCCACUUCUAUCAAAAGAAACAAAUUUAGGUCACCGCAUUCGUUUAUUGCAAAACGUCAAUCUUCUAAAAUGAAUUUUGAUCACAAACCAAUAACGGAGAUGAGAAAAGACGAAGUAAAAUAUACUCUGGAUCACCUUAAGGAGCUCCAUAAUGAUCAGAAAGAAAAGAAUGAAGAUUUAAUGGAUAUUGACGAGCCGGUGGUUGUAGAAACCACUCCGGCCGAGAUACUACAAGAAUUCCAUAAAAACACACCUAUGGAUUAUGAAAAUAACGAUGACGAAAAUAUAAUACCAAUUAAAGAGUACGGUAGUGAUGAUAAUGACAAUUAUAAUGACUUCUCUGGGCCUAAAACCAACAGUUUUCCAGUUGAUGAUGACUUAAUGCCCGAUAAUGAUGACAUAUUUAUUGAUGAUGGGCCGCUCAAUCUAGCAGCUUCCAUGAAGACUCAAAAACCUGACAUAGAUGAGGACCUAUACGACAUGGAGUUGCCUAUGGGAGAGGAAGAAUCUGAAAUUGAAUUAGAUGUAUCGAAACCUACAGUUUCUAAAAUUCUCGAACCAAGAGGAAUUUCAGAACACCUUAAAAUCUUAAAAGAGUCUAUAGAGAAACUUCAAGUAUCAAGACUCGAAACAGAAUCACAAUAUACUAAAACCAAAACUGAGAUUCAAAGUAUAAGCCGAAAUAAAGAAGCUUUACUACAAGAAUUGAUUCAUUAG